UCUGGGCAAUUAGGGAUGGGUAACAUGAAUGAAUUAAUCUUACACCAGUAGAUAAAGAAUUUACUGGUGAACUGAGGUCAUACACUCAACAAAAAUGUUAUCACCAGCAACACAAAGCUUGAUCUCAGCAGAGAGGAACAGGAAAAAGAUCCCGAAUGUCUUGUCAAACCUCAAUGCCAUAUGGAAGGAUGACCAGAAAAGAAAUCUACGAUUCUCACACAACCUGAUAGCUGCCUGCACACACAGGAUACCAGAUUACAGCCUGAGGUUUUGAAUUCCACAUUUCCAGGUGGGUCAUUUUCAUGGCGAUGACCGUGAGCUCUGGAGAUACCACUGCGCAUCUUGACGUUGACCGAAUCCUCAGUCUGUUCCAACUGAGCAAGGAGCAGCUACAUAUGGUGAUGUGCAGGCUGAGGGAGGAAAUGGAGAGAGGCCUGAGCAGAGACACUUACCAGGAGGCUCCAGUCCGCAUGUUGCCCACCUUCAUAUGCUCACUGCCUGCUGGUAGAGUAAAUGGCAGCUUCCUGGCCUUGGACCUUGGUGGCACUAAUUUUCAAGUCUUACGGGUGAGAUUUGGUUCUCCGUGUGAAGGUGUUAAGCACGUGGUCUCUGAGACUUACAGAAUCUCCCAUGAACUGAUGCAAGCUUCAGGACAACAGCUCUUUGAUUACAUUGUGGACUGCAUUGCAAGGUUCCUGUCAAACCAAAACAUCAAGGAGCCACUUUCUCUGGGAUUCACUUUUUCCUUCCCCUACAAACAGAUUGGCUUAGAUCAGGGGAUCCUGCUAAAUUGGACCAAGGGAUUCAAUAUUCCACACUGUGUAGGAAAGGAUGUGGUACAGCUCUUGCGAGAAGCCAUUCAACGCUGGCAGGUGCCAAUGGGAUCUCAUAAUUCUUAAGAAUAGUUAAGAAUUCCCAGUGAUGCUCAGGAAAUGGAUCUUAUUGGACCACAAUCCAACCCUUAUCCAGGCCUCUCUGAGGAGGUCUCCACUUUCUCAUCAAGGGGCCAAUCUAGGUACAUUGUGCAAUACUGUCAGUCUUCUUCAACAUACACCCACUGUGAUAGCUUUGUAAAAGAGGGUCUAUCUUUUUGUCCAUCAACCAGGGAAGUUAUGAUAAAUAAUUCUGCUUCACUCUGGUCUGGUUCUUUAUUGUCAUCCAUCUUCACAGUAAAUACUCUACCAGAUUGAGCGCUUGAUGCAUCUUCCCUAAAAGAUUCCUGUUCCUCUCAUUUUACCUCUAAAGAUUGGGCUCUGGCUAUCACACACACGUGAGGAUUAAUUCAAGAUGUUCCUCAUGAAGAAUUUCUAUUUCUCCAACCUCAGGUUGCUAUCCUAAAAUUCUCAGAUACAUGGCCACUUUUAAACCUGUCAUAUCUUUGCCCAGAAUGAAAUCCAUUCAUCCAAUAGGUUACCUUAGAACAAUUCCACUUACUAAGUCACUCUUUAAAUAAUUUUACCAAGGUAAUAGGUUCAUAAGUCCCUUCCUUACCCACACUUAAUACUUUCUUGAACUCUCUGGGAAAUAUAUCAUUGUCUUCAUUGGCCACCACCAGGACUGAACUGCCCGUGUUCCAUUGGAUACUGCAAAGGCUAGGGUCCCUGACAACAUUCUGGUAUUAGUACUGAAGACAUGUGCUCCAAACUUGCUGCUCCCCUAGCCAAGUUCUUCCAGUAUUGUUGCAGAACUGGCAUCUACCUGACAAUGUGGAAAAUUGCCCAGAUAUGUCAUGCAUUUAAAAAGCAGUACAAAUCUAACUCAGCCAAUUACUGUUCCAUUAGUCUACUCUUGAUCAUCAGUAGUCAAUAGUGCCAUCAAGCAGCACCUGCUCAGCAAUAAGCUACUCAGUGACACCCAGUCUGUGUUCUACCAGGACCACUCAGCUCUUGACCUCAUUACAGCCUUGGUUCAAACGUGGACAAUUGAGCAGAAUUCCAGAGGAGAGGUGAGAGUGACAGUCCUUGACAUCAAGGCUGCAUUCAACUGAGUGUAGCAUCUAACAGCCCUAGCAAAACAGGAAUCAAUGGGUAUCAGAGGGCAAACUCUCCAGGUAUGUGUCAUACCUGGCACAUGAGAAGACAGUUGUGGUUGUUGGAGGUUAGUCAUCUCAGCUCCAGAACAUCUCUGCAAGAGUUCCUCAGGGUAGUGCUCUAGGCUCAACCAUCUUCAGCUUCUUCAUCAAUGACCUUCCCUCCAUCAUAAGGUCAGAAGUGGGCAUGUUCACCAAUGAUUGCACAAUGUUCACACCAUUCACAACUCCUUGGAUAUUGAAGCAGUCCGUGUUCAAAUGCAACAAGAUCUGGACAAUAUCUAGGCUUGGGCUGACAAGUGAAGUGGCAAGUAACAUACACACCAUAACAUCACCAAUAAGUGACAAUCUAACCACCAUUACUUGACAUUAAGUGGUGUUACCAUCACUGAAUCCCCCACUAUUGACAUCCUGGGCAUUACCAUCAACCAGAAAUUCAAUUGGAUUUGCCAUAUAAACACACUGGCUACAAGAGCAGGUCAAAGGCGAAUAACUCAUCUCCUGACUCCUGAAAGCCCGUCCAGAAGGUACGAGUCAGGAGUGUGAUGGAAUACUCUCCACUUGACUGGAUGGAUGCCACUCCAACAACACUCAAGAAGCUUGACGCCAUCCAAUAAAUGCUGCCUAGCCAGCAAUGCGCCCUUCCCAUUAAUGAAUAAAGAAAAAAAAAGACAAUGUAGCCCCCUUGAUUGGCACAACAUCCACAAGCAUCCACUCCCUCUACCACCAAUGCUCAGUGGUAGUACUGUGCUCUAUCUGCAAGAUGAACUUCAGAAAUUCACUAAAAAUCCCCAGACAGCACCUUCCAAACUCACAACCACUUCCAUCUAGAAGGACAAUGGCAACAGAUACAUAGGAAGAACGCCACCUUCAAGUUCCCCUCCAAGCCACUCAACAUCUUGACUUGAAAAUAUAUUGCCAUUCCUUCACUGUCAUCGGGUUAACAUCCUGGAAUUCCAUCCCUGAUGCCAUUGCAGGUCAACCAACAGCAGGUUGACUGCAGCAGUUGAAGGCGGCUGCUCACCACCACCAUCUCAGGGACAACUAAGGAUGGGCAAUAAUGCUAGCCAGAGAGUGAUGCCCACAUCAGACAAAUGAAUUUUUAAGAAAUGCUGCCAGACCUGGUGAAUUUCUCUAGCAGUUUCAGGUGUUUGUUUUUUUAUGAGCCCUUUCAUCAAUAAAAAAAAUCUGGUUUCUCUCUAA